AUGAAUAGAUCAGGCUAUGAUGGAGGCUACGACGAUGGGGAUGUUGACAAUCCAUUUAGAAUCCCACCUGAUGAGAAGAUAUUCUCAUUCAAAGAAGAGGAGAAAGAGAGGAAAAUAGAGGAGAGGGACAAAAAUAAAUCAAUGAAGAUCUGGGAGAAAAACCGUCCAACCAGAGAGGGUUGUUUAAGAAAGAUAGGUGAAACUGAUAUCGAGCCAUCAGCUCUAGCAAUCAAUCCUAAGGUCUAGAAGAAGAUAAAUGUGGGCGAGGCUGCUGGCUUCACUAUUCCGAUUGAGAGACCCAAGAACAAGGAAAAUAGAUAUAAAUUGAUUGAGAAAAAAAGAGAGAUGUUCUUGGUUCAAUAGAUGCUCGAAACCAAACAGAGGGAGAUCUAGAGACUUGAAGAUCAUGCAUUCAUGAGAGAAGAUGGUCUUAACUGUUCAGAAAAGAUGUUGGCUUAGGAUACUAACUCAUUUAUUGCCUUCUUCAAUGACAUUAAGGAGAAAACAUAAGCAGCUAACAAAGAAUAUGAAAAUCUAAAAUUCAAAAAAGCGUAGAAAACAUAAGAGCUUAGAUAAAUAAAUGACGAGCAGACCAUUCUUGUUAGUGGUAUAAAUAAGAACCUUGAGAGUCUGAGUAUUUUCUACGACUACAAAAUUUUCUUAGAUUCUUUAGCUGGAAAGGAAAUAUAAGAUGAGAUGGAGAGAAGAAAACAAGCAAGGAAAAGAAGAAGGGAAGAGCAAGAGAGAAAUGAAUAAUUUGGAUAAUCUUAAGGAAGAGGAUUUAAUAACGGAAAAGCCUAGCAAAGUAAAGACGGUAAAGGAAAGAAAAUAGGUGGCGUCGGAGCAUCUAAUACGGCAAUGAAAAACGAUGAGAGUGAAGUCUAAAUUCCACCUAAGCUGAGAGAGGUAAUUGAAGAAUCAGACGACGAAUAUCCUAUUCAUUUCGAUGAACCUGAUGAGCUUCUUGAAAUAUUCUCUACUCUUGAAGAAAAGAAUCUCUUUCUAAUUCAAUAAGGGCAAGAAGCUGAACAGUAAUUAGAAACCAAGAAGCAUGAGUUUGAAAAACUAAAGUCUGAAUUUAACUCCGAGAUAGGAGUUCUCAAGGGAUCCAAGACUGAAAUUAAAAGUCGCAUUGUUAAAACUGAUGCAGAAAAAAAUAAUCUAGAAAACACUUCAUAGGAUCAGUAAAACAGAGCUCUAGAUCCACAUAUCUAUACUAAGGUUGAAGGCUAGGUCAAGGAUCUCUAUCAACUUGGCUUUGCUGAAAAAGCUGAGGGAAAGAUGGGUAACGCUUCUGUGAUCCAACUACUUAAUGAAGUAGAGAAGCUAAUAGAUGGAUUCUUAUUAGACUUCCAAAUAUCAGAAAAUAUUGAUAAAGAAACUGUACAAGCAGAGUCAACUAAGAUCAAGAAAGCUCAAAGAGUCUAGAACCGUGAGGAAACUAAAGCAAGAGAACUCUAACAAUAAGAAGAGAAGAGAAGAUUGAAGCAAGAAGAGAAGGACAAGAAGUAAUUCAUUAGAUUAGGCAGACCAAUAAUGAACAGAAGUGAUAAACCAGUUGUGACAAGAGUUAAAGAAGUUAAGAAGGUGCUGACCGAUGAGCAAAUAGAUCUUAAGAAAUAUCUCGAAGUUUGA